AUGCUUUAUCCCAACAAGACCGAAAAAGAUUUCAGGAUGCAAGAACCAGAGGCGCAAAUUGAGGGAGUUAAUGUGGCAUUCAAAGAACCUAUGCACAAAAUUCUAGAUCAGAUUAAGAACGAAUCAUUCUUCAAGUGGCCGAACAAAAUGGGGGGUGACCCAUCUCAGAGGAACCAAAACUUGUAUUGCACAUACCAUAGGGACAAAGGGCACACCACCGAGCAGUGUCGGCCAGGGUGUUUAGCAGAGAAGGAAUCCCCUCCCACCACCGCUGGAGUGAUCGAAGUCAUCCACGCUGCCCCGAGAGGUACGGCAGCAGCUAAAGGGGUACUGACAGUAGCUUGCACAGAAGGAGAAUCACCCAAGAAGAGGAUGAAAGUUGGUCGGCUAACCAUCUCUUUUGGCGAAGAAGACUUACAAGGGACGAUCCAGCCUCAUAAUGAUGUGUUGGUAGUAACAGCUCGGAUAAGCGGGUUCUUGGUAAAAAGAGUGAUGAUAGACCAAGAAAGCGGAGCCGACGUGAUGUACCCGGACCUAUUCGAAGGGCUCGGAUUGAAGAGUCAGGAUUUGGUGAAGUAUGACAUGCCAUUAGUCUCGUUUGACGGAAGGGUCGUGGUUCUCGAAGGGCAAAUUUCUCUCUCGGUGGACAUGGAAGGCAAGGAAGUAAUAGUGACCUUCAUAGUAGUCUGGUCAUUCUCACCGUACACUGCAAUCCUGGGAAGGCCAUGGAUCCACGCAAUGAAGGCCGUUCCGUCCACCCUGCACGUUAAAGUGAAAUUUCCCACCGAGUAUGGAGUCGCCGUGGUGCGAGGAAACCAACAAGUGGCUAGGCAGUGUCUGGUCGCCGUGGUCAAAUGGAAGAAUGAACAGCUCGGACAAGCGGAAGAGACCGAAAAAAAGCCUUUAUAG